UUUUCUUUACUUUCGUCGCGACCGCUUUGAUGUUCAUCCAAGCGAUUGAAUCAAAAUAUAUGAUAUACCUGUCGUCUUCCCCUUUUUUUAUUAUCAAUCCAGGUAUCGGCACACAUGUUUAUGUUUCGACAAUUAUUGCACAUAAUUUAGACAGUCUCAUUUCUCUAAAACAAUUCACGAUCUUCCCAUAUUUGCCAAACAUCGCACGGAAUCUGGAGAAGCUAUUCGCUUAUUCUAAUUUUAUUUAUUUUCAAAUUCAAAUAAUAGAAACUGUUUGUUUAGGAACAAUUUAAUUAUCAAGUCGCACAUGGUUAUAGCACAGUCCCCGAGAUGUAGCAGACCGACCUCCUAUGAACGGUCACGUCCAAUCAGAAAUUUGCAUUGUAAUAUAAUCUAGAGCCUUUUGUCAAUCAAGAGAUUUUCAGCCAAUCAAAUUGCGUUAGAGGGCGACAUCCGUCACACCGUAGUUAAUAUCACCAGCCGUGUAUAGGACCCAGAUAGUUGUUGAUUCGCAUUAACAUAACGUAAAGCACCAGGCCGCUGCGUUUUGCAAUUCAGAUCAGUAUUAACUUAUGUAGAACGACUUCUUACAACAAUUUAAUGUGGAGCUUCUACAAGACCUGAAUUCAUGAUGACCAUGGCAACUAGCGCUGGACUGUAUAUGCCCGGCACCCCUCCUUCGUUGAACUCGCCUCUCGGGGACCCUGUCCACGGGAUGCAAUGUUCAGUGGGCCAGCAGCCUCAAUAUAUCCAUAGGACUGAUAUUCAGGAACUUAAAUAUAUGCCUCCUCAGGUGCAAAAUGGACAUUUUAAUAGCCAUUGGGGUAUCCCUACAAGCGGUGAUUCGUGGAACACGGGGAUGCCUCAGUUACAUGAUAUGCGGGAUUUGAGAGACAAUUUUGUCCGGGAUACCAGGGACAUUAAACCAGGUCAAGGUAACGAAAUGGGCCAUCAAGUCACCCUCCAUCACCGGGGUCCACAACAAAUCCAUCCAACUCACGGAUGGAAUACCCCCAUUCACACUGGUCACUUAAAUGGCGGGGGCCAGCUUCAGCAUCACGGGUAUGGUGUUCCCUUAAACGGGAUGUUGUCCCCUCAUCAACUACCCCACGCGAUGAGGGACCCUGAACACGAUUUGGACCAACACACUCCAUCAGACGACGACGCACCGUCUUCGGAUGACCUCGAGGCUUUUGCUAAACAGUUCAAGCAAAGGAGAAUAAAAUUGGGAUUUACUCAGGCUGAUGUUGGACUCGCUCUUGGUACAUUAUACGGUAAUGUAUUCAGUCAAACAACUAUUUGUCGCUUUGAAGCUCUUCAGUUAAGUUUUAAGAACAUGUGCAAGUUAAAGCCUUUGCUUCAAAAAUGGCUUGAGGAAGCAGAUUCCACGACUGGCUCAACUACAAGUAUAGACAAAAUCGCCGCGCAAGGAAGAAAGCGGAAGAAGAGAACAAGCAUUGAAGUGACUGUGAAAGGUGCAUUAGAAAAUCACUUUAUGAAACAACCUAAACCUGCUGCGCAGGAAAUUUCCCAGCUGGCAGACCAAUUACAACUCGAAAAAGAAGUAGUCCGUGUUUGGUUUUGUAAUAGAAGACAAAAAGAGAAACGAAUGACUCCCCCAGGGCAGAUAGGGGCAAAUGGGGAAAUCAUCAUGCCCGACAGUGAAGAUGGAAAUUCUAGGGCGGAUAGCCCCUUACAAUCACGACCAAACGGUGCCAUGAACGGUUCUGAACAUACCGGACUUAAUAUGGCUGUUUCUACAGCACAAACUCUAAUGUCACCGAACUACCAUUCCGUAGGACAGCUAUUGAAUGCUCAUAAUCCGCAAUCAGGCGGACACCCGCAUUAUAACACACAAAACCAUUCACCGACGCACUGACUAGAAUUCUAAAGUCCGGUUCCUCUGAUGGUAAAAAAGCUAACUCGCCACCACCAUACCUAACUCGUCCUGAGAUCUCAAUUUACCCACCCCCUCUGGAAUGCUAUCAAAGGACAUAAUCUGGACGGACAAAGACGUGUCGAUCUCUCGAACUCCUGUUGUCCAUGAUGGCCAAAAUAGCAGCAAAUGUCCUCGGUUCCUAGGAGAAAAUGACAAAAAGAUCGCGUUUUAAAUGCGUGGACCGUCAGAUAUUUAUUGGGUCGUUAAUUCCGUGAUAGCCUUAUGCUUAGCCCUGGUCAAAAGUGCGAAAUGACCUAAUAUUGGAGAAAUAUAUUUAUGCCAUAUAUGUGUGUUGCAGAUCGUUCGUGUUUUCAUAUUUAUAUGCGAAGCAGAAGCAGAAUUUGAUUCUAACAUUGUAUGUGUGUUUUUUCUGUGUUUGGCAUGAGUGUCCUAAAUAUCCCUAUAUAUCACUGUUUCGUAUCUCGCGGAUGCAGAAGAAAAAAAGAGCGUUUUGUGAGAAACAUUUCCAGGACUUGUGUUUUUGUAUAAACUGGAUAAUUUGUUAAGAAGUGCCAAUUUGUAAACAUUCAUCCUCUCUUUCUCAAACGGAUAUCUAAGAGAUUGAAAAUUAUCCUUGUUUUAUAUCACAGACGAUAGGGUAAUUAUGAACAUGUUAUGUUUUUAAUUCCAGUUUUGUGUUUUUAAAAUACAUAUAUUGCAGUAACUAUUGUGGCUUUUUCUAAACUGUUGAAAGGAAAUAUCGUACAUUUUUGGUGCUAUUUUCUCGUUUUAAUUUCUCCACAAUUUUUUUUAUAUGUAUGAAAAGCCUUAAAAUUCCUGCUCUUAAUUUCAACCACAUCUAGCGUAAUUAACAUAUAAAUAUUUGAGAAAAUUAUGGGGGAAAUUUUCUGAUAUAUCAGUGUCGUCUCCAGCGAUUUCAUAUCGCUGUCUUUAUUUGACUGUGUUAAACAUUUACACAAUAUUGCUUUGGUGAAAAUUGGUUUUGGGAAGAGAAGUCACGGUUUACUAAAGUUAUAAUGCGUUGGGUAAAUAUUCACAUUGACUCGAGUGGUGGCAUUCAGUCGCUGUAGUCUUUUUAUUCAAACGAGAGUACAUUGUACGUCGUGAAUGAGAUUAAAGAUGUAUAUGUUAGCUUUCCCAAUAUAAACAGAGUUUGUCAUCAGUUCAAAAUAACGAAUAUGUCAAUUAAAUAAUUGUAUUGAUUUAUUGAUAUCUAGAGAUAAUCAAAUAAUUUUUAAAAACUUUAAAAACAAAAAUCAGCUACUUUUAAUCAUAAUUUAUUUUCAAAACAAUCUUUUUAAAAGAUUAUAUUUGUUACAUAUAUUUAUUGUUAAACUUGACGUUUGACGUGAUGAGUGAAAUUUUAUACUCGGGUUCGUAAUGUCUAAAACAUUUCAUAAUCACUGUUCAAAGUGUAUUAUCAAGCCGACUAAUUUAAUGUUGAUAUUUGUAAAUUUGUGGCAAAUUAUGCGUGCAGUGGUGAUGCAGAUACCACCUAAUGAGUGUGAUAUGGAAACUGAUUAAACCGUCAUUGGGACAGAGCGCGAAUAUUCCUCGACCAGCAGACGAUAAUCACCACAAUGGAAACAAAAUCAAUCUUUAUUUUUACCCCUAGAACGCUCUGUCAAUUAGAGCGAGAAAUUGAUAAAAAGUUAUUAUUUCUGAAAAGAUUUACCCUUCUCAUUUUCUGAUGUGGGUAUAGUCUUUUUUCUGAUUAAGGGCACUUACGAGUGCACGAGAACAAAGCUGGAACAAUGUGGUGUUUUUGCCAUGAAAAUUGUGUACUAUAUUGGAUUUUUUUGCCAGUAUAAUAAAUAUUUUUACAAAUGAAAA